AUGCCUUCGGAAACAAACACAUUUGUCAGGAAAUUGGCUCACAAUGACGCUUCGGUGAGAAAUGCGGCAUUCAAAGCGUUAUGCAACUAUUUGAAGUCCAAGUCAUCAGCGAAACUCGAUCUCCUCGAGUUGGAGAAGUUGUGGAGAGGUCUUUACUUUUCCAUGUGGUAUUGUGACAAGCCGAUUCCACAACAGAACUUGGCUGGCCACUUGGGAGAACUAUUCUCAAAGGUGGUACCAGAUAACAAGCUCAAAUUAUUUCACCAGGCUUUCUGGGAGGUGAUGGCCAAGGAAUGGUAUUCCAUAGACAAGUGGAGAAUUGACAAAUUUUACAUGUUAGUCAGAAGAGUAUUGAGACACCAGCUCUUCCGCUUAGAAGCACAAGGGUUUCCUAAGAAAGAAACAGCCGACUUCUUGGACAUUUUGAAGCAAUACCCAUUGAAGAACGACACCAAAUUUCCUCAAUCUUUGGCAUAUCAUGUGUGUGAUAUUUACCUCGACGAAAUAGAGUACGUGAUUUUCAAAGAUUUCAGAGACUACAGUCAAGAAGAUGAUGUUGAGGAUGAAGAAGAGGGUAGCUCCAGUGAUGAUGAGAAGGAAGAAGAUUCGUCAAACGAGGAUGAGAAUAAGGAAGAGAAGCCUGAAAAAGCAGAGUUAUCCGAAGAAGAGAUUGAAGCAAAAAAGGCUGCUAUUUGUGCCAAAACCCCUCUUGCAACCUUGGUUGAGCCUUUCCAAGAGUUGGAAAAAUCUGCUAAAAAUAAGGCCAUGAGAGCCAAAUGCAAGGAAGAGGUUACCGAAGAUGAAAGAUUAAAGAAAUGGGGAGUUUUGGAAGACAAGACAGAGGAAUCUGAAGAUGAGUGGACCGGCUUUUAA